GUAGGACUCUAAUUUAUGGACGAGCCAAUCAGAAGCGUUUAGGGAAUUUCAAGGUCACGGCGCUAAGUUCAGUGCGAGAUGCUCACAUUCGAUCGUUUUACAGCAGAUUUUAGAGAAUAGGUGAUCGUUGAGAGACUACAGCAGAUGGGACUAUUAAGAAGUUCCUGUGUCUGUGACUGCGGCAAUUAAAUGACCGCAGCACGGUGUGCAGACUGUCGCGAUGACAUUGUAUUUCGUUGUACUAUAUGUUGUAGAAAAAAAUCUGCUCGAACUGGCACUUUUUUUGCCCGGUCACGGCUAAGGCUAAGACAAACCAUGAUAAUCGUUGCAAAUUGGAUCAUAAAGUCUCCAGUAACAUUAGCUGCGGCUAUACCGAUGAUUGGAAAGCGUAUAGAUGCCUCUCGAGACUUGGUUUUGUGCAUCAUGUGGUGGUGCACAAACGUCAUUUCUUUGAUCCAACGACGGGGGGUCCAUACAAACAACAUUGAGGGCAUGUGGUCUAGGCUGAAGUAUUUUUUAAGACCCUACCACGGCUCCAGAGGACGAUUAUUAUGGAGUCAUAUGGACGAGUUCUUAUACCGCAUGCACUAUGAUUUCAAAACUUCUGAACCUAUAUCAAACCUCAACAAGUUCUUAAAUAAUGUAAAAGAAGAAUAUCCAUUGUAAUUCAUCACUUUUUUAUUAUAUAUUUUCACUUCAUACUAACUCUCUUCUGAUUGGCUAAUGUCCUCAAGGUCACUUAAAAAUUCGUUCAAAGGUCGUCCAUAAAGUAGAGUUUCACCCCAGUUUGCAGCAUGUGGUAGUCCUAUUGUUACUCCCUUGAAGUCUGAUGGCAAGACCCCUAGAAUAUGUGGUGAUUAUGGACUAACGCUGAACUCCUCCUUGUCGAGGAAAAUAUGCACGACAGUGGUAGAAUAUAUGUUCAACUGAUUUCAUGGCUCUAUGGUAUUCUCGAAAGUUGACUUAAAAGAUGCUCAUUUUCAAAUCCCCUCAUAUCAUUUCUCAUCCAUAUUGACAAUAAUUAACACAUUCAGGUCAAUGCAAAUACAACUUCGGUUUCGCUCAGGUGUUUCUCUAGCCAUAUUUCACAGUGAUGAGUUAAGUAGUCGAUGAUCUCAAAGGCUUUGAAGUUUAUCAAUAUGAUCAUAUUAUGCUUGGUUCUGAUAAAGCAGCUCAUGAUCAAAAUCUUAUUUUUUUAUUGCGUCACUUAUUUGAGAAUUCUCAAAUAUUCUUAAGAAUAUUACGGUGAAUCCAGAUAAGUGCUCAUUGUGUGUGUUAUGUUUGACUGUUUUUAAUACCUAGUUGAAGAUGAUGCUUUUCAACUAAAUAUGAAGCGACUAGCUCUACUAACAAAUGCAUCAUCUCAAAAACAUCUUACAGAACUUAGUAGGUGCUCUUCAAUAUUAUCCCUGUUUUGUUCCUAAUUUUUCUAGUCGUGCCAGCUUUUUAUUUCAAAUCUUGACAUCUAAUUGAUUUAAACGGGAUGUGGAACAAGAUUCAUGCUUGCAAAAUCUACUAAAGCUUCUUCCAAGUGAUGCUGUUCUUCGAACUUACUCCCCUAAUGUACAUCCUGUGCUUAAUACUGAUGCAUCGCCUGUGAGCACUGGUGCAAUUUCAGAGCACGAUAGUAGGCCAGUCAUCUAUGUUUCACGCAAACUUAAUGUUACUAUACAAAGUUAUUCACAAACCCAGCGAGAAGCAUUAGCUGUGUUUUGGGCUGUUAAAAGACUUCAUAAAUAUUUAUUCGGAAAGAAAUUCACUAUUUUUACUAAUCGUGAAGCUUUAAAGUUCAUUUGUCAUCCUGAAGAAUCAUUAGCACGUUCCUCGGCUGCUAUGGUUCAACGAUGGAGUAUUGCUUUGAGUGCUUAUGACUAUAUGGUUCGGCACAGAAGUGCCAAACAAAUUCAAUACGUUGACUACAUUUCUCGAUUACCAUUACAAGAUUAACCUGUUAUUACUUCAGUGUUUGUUAGUGCAACCUUUACCAGUGAGACGCCCAGAUCUCAUUGGAGGAACUCCUAGAUACUUUGGAUGUAUACUCAGUGCUAUACGACAAGGUUGGAAUGAUAAUCUGAAACGUAGAUUUCCUAUCUAUUUUUCAAACCGGGAUGAGUUAUCCGUUACUCCUGAUGGUAUUUUGUCUGUAAAUGAUCGUGUUGUUAUUCCUCCUUCUUUGCAAAAAUCUUUCCUUGAAGAUCUUCAUAGUGGACAUUUAGGUGUUGAGAAAAUGAAGUCCUUGGCAAUGCUCACAUGUUGGUGGCCAGAGAUAAAUGCAGAUAUAUGUCGUACGGCAAACAAUUGUGAGAGAUGUCAUCAGUUUAGAAAUCAGCCUUCGAAGUGGACGCCAUGGCCAGUAUCGUCUGAGGCCUGGCAGAGAAUUCAUGCUGACUAUUGUGGUCCAUUUCUUGUCAAAUAGUUGUCAUUGAUUCGCUUUCUAAGUGACCUGGAGUUUUUUCUCAACUUCACCGAAUCCUUACUUUACAAUCAAAGAAUUUGGGGAAACAAAUGAUGUAAGUGCCUGAUUAUGGCUCUCACUUUGCUUCAGACACAGUCACCUCUUGAUUGAAUGGUACAGGAUCUGGACAUCUGUUCACUGUUUCCAGGUAACCUUGUUCUGAUGAUCAGGCGAAAAAUUUCGUAAGAACCUUGAAAACUGCUACUAAUUCAAUUGCUGCUCCAACAUUUAAUGAACUAUAAAGGGAAGUCGAUACAUUCCUAAUGCAAUAUAGGAAUACUAAACAUUCUGCAUCUAAAGAAAUUAUAACAAAUUUAUUAAAAGGAUUAUGCGGUGUUCAGAGUCCACAGAGAUUACAUAUCACCGUGAAAAUGAUCUUCGACCAGCCAUGAGGACCGUGUUGAAGAAUGCUGGAAAAUCUACGUUUCGAAUUCCAGAUACUGAUGAUUUGACUACAGAUAACCAAAAUGUCGAUCAUAUAUAAUUCCAGGAACCAAAUGAGUCCGUUCCUAUUUCCGUUGUCAAUCCUAAUACUAAUAGGUACAUUGUAGAUCAGACAGAGUUUAUACACGAUACACAGCCGGACGAACAUAUGAUGGACUAAAGGAGAACACGCAUAAUCGAUUACACAAAUUUUGAUUCCCAAUUAAGAUGUGCCGGUCUCAGCAUUUUUACUAACUGAGGAUUCAUCUGUUCUUAAUAGCACAUUUAAUACGAAUUAAAAAUAAUGCAUCCACUAAGGCAGUUUGAACUAGAUGUGUACAAGUGAGCGUAUUAUAUUUGGGAUUCGUAAUUAGUGUUCGAUCGAGAACACAGGAAUCCUCAGUUAGUACAAAUACCGCAGUCAAGUGCUCAAUAUGGUCACCAUCUGUUCUGGCCUCUCGUUUCGGACCGAAGAUGUAUGGCAUAAAGAUGCCACAAGUAUUCAGAGUUUUGAGAACGCCUUAACCGGAAACAUUUUUUAUGAUCAAAGUAUGCCAACUCAGUCAAAUAAAGAGUCAGAAACGAAGAGGUUCGAAGUUAUAUUUUGUAGGCUAACGAUGUAUCGAGAAGUUAUUAAGCUGGCUAGGGGUUGUAGGAGAUGCAUAGUACGGUGUACCCACUCGUGAUCUGAUGCGGAUGCGUGACUGAGCGCCUUAAGUCAGGCGAGUCUGUCGAGAGACAUAAGUAGUAUACACCAUCAAUCGAAAGUGAAACGCUUGGGGGUAGAAGGUUAGGAAGAUCGAAGAAAAGAGAACGACAACAGAGAAUGAUUGGUGUGGAAACGAAGGAAGUAUAAAGUUUGAGAUGAUUGACUGAUAUUUAGCAAAUUAAGCAUAUGCUGUAUGGUUCCCAGAUUUUACACUCAGUUGUCCAUACUUGUGUUCUCGUUUACUACAAGUCCAGCAGAACUCGUAGUAGCUUACUUCCGUCAACCAACCAUCUUGUUAUUCAUCACUAUAUAAAUCCCAAUAGUGUUUGAAAUCAGAAGGCAAUAAGAAGCGUUGACUACUGUUUAUUAGCGGAUAGCACAGAUAACAGUUACAAGCACAGCGAGUUGAUUUGAAGCAGAGAGGCCAAUAUGUGUGAGUGAGCGAGUACAGAGGAAAACUUACAGUCAAAUCGAAUCAAGACGAAACAAGGUGAGGCAAAGUCUAUUAUUAGGAUUAGUGCACAUAUAUACAUGGGAACGAGAAAGUUUCAUUUAAGCGAGAGAGAUAUGUGCGUAGGCUGUCAAAUGUGAUCAAUCGUACACGUUUAUACAGAUAUAACAGUGACCAUAAUAGUACAAAGAAAUAAAUGGAUUGUUAGUGUCCGAAUAACCUUCUGUUAAAUAAAGUAAAAAGAGGACUUGACAAAAGUUAACUAAAGUUGAAAUUGAUUGUAAAAGAGUUUCUGUAAUCUAAUGCGAUAAGCAUCAAAUGUCGAAGACUUACAGAGCUACUGAUUUUGAUUAUCUAUUCACCGCCACAGGCACACCGAUUCGACCAGAAUGUUAGUUUUUUUUGGACUCUGAACUACCAUGAGUGUAUUGUUUGAAACGGCUUCUAAAAUAUUUCCUUUCGCAAUUACCCGAUGUCCGUUAGCCACGAGUUUGUCAGCGGAAAAAAUGGUUGCGAAAACUGCUAGAUUUAUAGCUUUACAACAGGACAUCAGUUAAAACUUGUAGAUAACCUGACGGACGAUUCAUCCUGUCAUUAGCAAUACUCAAUGUUGAUCCCUAUGGAGAUCAAACCAUGGACUGGCGAUAAGUGCUUCUGGAUUUCGAUGUCUCCUUGACAAGCCAACAUUAGAUGGAAAAUGACAAAUAGCUGGUUUUCUUAAAUCUUUUAUUCAUGAAGCUUCCUAAAUAUACGCCUUUUGGUCGAUUGUGUUGGGGAGAUCCAGAAAACUCCUCGAAAAAAGCCAAGAAAGGUUCUGAAA